GGUGUGGAGCAGCCAAGAUGGAGCCGGCAGCGGGUGUUCCCGGCCCGCUGAUUGUGAACAACAAGCAGCCCCAGCCACCACCACCUCCGCCGCCCGCAAGCGCGCAGCCUCUACCCGGAGCACCGCGGCCUGGUGGGGGCCUCCUGCCCGGGGGCAAAACUAGAGAGUUCAAUCGCAACCAGCGCAAAGACUCCGAGGGUUAUUCUGAGUCUCCAGACCUUGAGUUUGAAUAUGCUGAUACAGACAAAUGGGCUGCAGAGCUCUCAGAGCUUUACAGCUACACAGAAGGGCCAGAAUUCCUGAUGAAUCGGAAGUGCUUUGAGGAAGACUUCCGGAUCCAUGUGACAGACAAGAAGUGGACUGAGUUGGAUACCAACCAGCACCGUACCCAUGCCAUGAGGCUCCUGGAUGGCUUGGAAGUCACUGCCCGGGAGAAGAGACUCAAGGUGGCCCGAGCAAUUCUGUAUGUUGCCCAAGGAACUUUUGGGGAGUGCAGCUCAGAGGCUGAGGUGCAGUUCUGGAUGCGCUACAACAUCUUUCUGCUCUUGGAGGUGGGCACGUUCAAUGCGUUGGUGGAGCUCCUCAACAUGGAAAUAGACAACAGUGCCGCGUGCAGCAGUGCGGUGAGGAAGCCCGCCAUCUCCUUGGCUGACAGCACAGACCUGAGGGUUCUGCUCAACAUCAUGUACCUGAUUGUGGAGACUGUUCAUCAGGAGUAUGAGGGCGACAAGGCUGAGUGGAGGACAAUGCGACAGACCUUCAGAGGCGAGCUGGGCUCCCCGCUGUACAACAAUGAGCCAUUUGCCAUCAUGCUGUUUGGGAUGGUCACCAAAUUUUGCAGUGGCCAUGCCCCCCACUUUCCCAUGAAGAAAGUUCUCUUGCUGCUCUGGAAGACAGUAUUGUGCACACUAGGUGGCUUUGAGGAGCUGCAGAGCAUGAAAGCUGAGAAGCGCACCCUCCUGGGUCUUCCCCCCUUGCCUGAGGACAGCAUCAAAGUGAUCCGCAACAUGAGGGCUGCCUCCCCACCAGCAUCUGCCUCAGACCUGAUUGAGCAGCAGCAGAAACGGGGCCGCCGGGAACACAAGGCUCUGAUAAAACAGGACAAUUUAGAUGCCUUCAAUGAGCGUGAUCCUUAUAAGACUGAUGACUCUCGAGAAGAGGAAGAGGAGAAUGAUGAUGACAACAGUCUGGAGGGGGAGACAUUCCCCCUUGAGCGCGAUGAGGUGAUGCCUCCUCCACUACAGCACCCCCAGACUGACAGACUCACCUGCCCAAAAGGGCUUCCGUGGGCUCCCAAGGUCAGAGAGAAAGACAUUGAGAUGUUCCUCGAGUCCAGCCGCAGCAAAUUCAUAGGUUACACUCUAGGCAGUGAUACCAACACAGUGGUGGGGCUGCCCAGGCCAAUCCACGAAAGCAUCAAGACUCUGAAACAGCACAAGUACACAUCGAUUGCAGAGGUCCAGGCGCAGAUGGAGGAGGAGUACCUUCGCUCUCCUCUCUCAGGGGGAGAAGAGGAAGUAGAACAAGUCCCUGCAGAAACCCUGUACCAAGGCUUGCUCCCCAGUCUGCCUCAGUAUAUGAUUGCCCUCCUAAAGAUCCUGCUGGCUGCAGCUCCCACCUCAAAAGCCAAAACAGACUCUAUCAACAUCUUAGCAGAUGUCCUACCUGAGGAAAUGCCCACCACAGUGUUGCAGAGCAUGAAGCUGGGGGUGGAUGUGAAUCGCCACAAAGAGGUCAUUGUUAAAGCCAUUUCUGCUCUGCUGCUGCUGCUGCUGAAGCACUUUAAGUUGAACCACGUCUAUCAGUUUGAAUACAUGGCCCAGCACCUGGUGUUUGCCAACUGCAUCCCUUUGAUCCUAAAGUUCUUCAAUCAAAACAUCAUGUCCUACAUCACUGCCAAGAACAGCAUUUCUGUCCUGGAUUACCCUCACUGUGUGGUAAAUGAGCUGCCAGAGCUAACUGCAGAGAGUCUGGAAGCAGGUGACAACAACCAGUUUUGCUGGAGGAAUCUCUUUUCUUGUAUCAAUCUGCUUCGAAUCUUGAACAAACUGACAAAAUGGAAGCAUUCAAGGACAAUGAUGCUGGUGGUGUUCAAGUCGGCACCCAUCUUGAAGCGGGCCCUGAAGGUGAAACAAGCCAUGAUGCAGCUGUAUGUGCUGAAGCUGCUCAAGGUACAAACCAAGUACUUAGGGAGGCAGUGGCGCAAGAGCAACAUGAAGACAAUGUCUGCCAUCUACCAGAAGGUGCGGCAUCGGCUGAAUGACGACUGGGCAUAUGGCAAUGAUCUUGAUGCCCGGCCUUGGGACUUCCAGGCAGAAGAGUGUGCCCUACGUGCCAACAUUGAACGCUUUAAUGCCCGGCGCUACGACCGAGCCCACAGCAACCCUGACUUCCUGCCAGUGGAUAACUGCCUGCAGAGUGUCCUGGGCCAGCGGGUGGACCUUCCUGAGGACUUCCAGAUGAACUAUGACCUCUGGUUAGAAAGGGAGGUCUUUUCUAAGCCCAUUUCCUGGGAAGAGCUGCUACAGUGAGGCUGCUAUACGAGAAACUAAAACAAGGGUCAUCACACACCUGAGGGAUUGUCCUGGUCAUUGCUGCAGUGCUCCCAUCCACCUCCAGGUGGCAGCACAACCCCGCUGUGUCCUUAGCAGCUCUGGACCUGUGGGUCAGCCCAGGUUGGCCUCUCUGCUCGCAGCAACCUGCUCUGGAGCAGUCAUCUCUCUAUUUGGGAUCCACUCUUCCUUUCCUCCCCUCAGCUUCCACCCUGCUCUCUUGGACAUGGUUGGUUGCAGUUCAUUUUGAAGUCAGCCCAAAACUGGGAAAAGCUGGGAUGGGGUGGUUACUCCUUCUCAUCACAUCUGAGUUUAGGGUCAUACCAACUCUUCCUAAUACAUGCAGCCUUGGCAUGUCAGCUUGCCAAGGAAAGGGUUUAAUAUUAGGGCCAAAACCAGAAAGUUGAUAUCUUGGUUGUGCUCUUGGGGUUUCUGAUGUCAUUCCAGCCUCUUCAGUUUUAUCCAGAGGCAAUAGCAGAGGCUACUGUAGCUGCUGCACUCUUUGGUUUUGGAUGGGGUUGAGGUAGGGAGAGAGGCUUUCCUUAACCAGAGGUGCCUGUUUCCUUCUGGGUUUGCAAGGGCCUGUAAAUAUCUCUCUAUAAAUCUGUUGUGUGUUCUUGUGUCAUGUUGGGAUUUUUAAUGUGUAUGUGUAUUCUGUUUACAUUAAAAGGAAACAAAAGCAA